AUAUGCAUUUGUUAUCAUAUCUUAUUCUCCGAGUUUUGAACCAUAACAUCGUGCAAGAUCAUGCUUGAUCCACAAGGGGUGAGUAAGGGUUCUGGUUUUGUGGCCUUCUCAACCUCCAUGGAAGCUACAAGAGCUUUGAAUGCGAUGAAUGGCAAGAUGAUUGGACAUAAACCUUUAUAUGUUGCUGUGGCCCAGCGCAAAGAUGAAAGGAGGGCACAAUUGCAGCUCAUCCCAUUUGAAAUCCAUUUCAGCGGCUUUGCAACAUCAUCUCUUCCCGUUUCUCUCUCGCUCUCUCUUCAACGGACCACCAUCAAGUUUGUGAUUGAAACAUUGUGUCUGAAGCAUUGUGGACUUCCUUAAGACCUUUCAUAUCGAAACAUUGUGGUAAGAAUUUGAUUUGUGUUCUUACUUAAACAUUUUCUCUAUAUAUAUUUUUUGUUUGCUUUUCUAUCUAUUUGUCCACUUUAUGUGCAGAAGUAUAUAUUGGUUGACUUUACUACUACAUAUAUUUCUACUCAUUUACACCCUUUGCUAGGUUGGGGUAAUGUGGCAUAUUUAAAAAUUUUAGGAUUUAUUAAUUUGUAAGAACAAUGGUAAGAUUCAUUA